AUGGAGGUUGAUUGGGCUGCAAUGGCUCAGCAGUGGGUUGCAAUGAAGGAAGCAACAGAACAAACGGCUGCAGCAUAUCAGCAACAGCAGGCAAUGUACAGCAUGAAUGCAGGUCCUCCUCCACCACCCCCACCAUUGCCUCCUCCACCACCUGCACCUGAUAUUCCACCUGGAGAAGGCUCACCACUGCAGUCAUCCCCACCCUCUGACCCUCCAUCUGUUCCUCUGUUUGCCACAAUGAAAGAAGAUUCAAAUCCUCCACAAAUAAAGCCAUCUGAUGGGUCCAUUCAACGGGAAUUUAAAGGAAGCUCUCCAAUGAAGUGCCAGGAUGAGGUUCCUUCAGGCAUCAAAACUUAUGGUGAAGAUUCAAACCCAAGCCAUGGAUAUGGAGGUGAGGAUUCCUGGGGAAGCUGGAAUUUCUGGUCUGGAAAUCAAUGGAGUGGAAGUGAAGGGGUGGAAUGGGAUGGCAUCCAAGCACCUGCCCAGACAUUUGAAUACAACCAUGGUGCCCCUACAAACAUGAAUGCACCUGCUCUAGAGGGUGAAGUAGGUGUUGGCCCACGUGGAGUGAAGCAGGGUUGGCAUCAGCCACCUCCAUUUGUGAAAAAAGAAGAUGUGCCUCCAUUUCAACCAGAAGGGUACCAGUACUUCCCUAAGGGAUUUGAUGUCUCUAUGAGUCAUCCUGGUGCCCCUGGGACCCUAGGGCCCCCUGUUGACUCACUUGAUGCUGCCAAGAGACGACACUUACCUGCCUGGAUUCUUGAGGGUCUGGAGAAGAUGGAGAAAGAAAAACACAAAAAAGAAGAGAAGGAGCGCAUGGAAAAGGAGAAGAUGGAAUUCCUCAGGAGAAAGCAACAAGAGGAAGAGGAACUUCUCCAAGAGAGGAAAGCAAUGGAAGAGAAGGAAAGGCAGAUCCAACAGGAUGUCAACAAAGAAGAAGAAGGAGAGGAUGAAGAGGAGGAAAUGGAAGAUGAAGAAGAUCGGAAAGAUGAAGACGUUGGAGAGAAACGAGAAGAAAAAGAAUCUAGACUAGACCUGAGGCGGCGCAGGAAGUCUCGCUUCAGCUCACGAUCACCAGAGCAAAAUGCCUCUUCUUCUUUGUCUGAUCGGGGGAAAGUGAAGGAGCCUCCCCCACUGCCUCUCUCCCUAGAUCCUGAAGAGAAGAUCCAGAUACAGAUGUUGAUUGUGCGCCGACUUCUCACUGAGCUUCUUCUGGAGGUGACACAGACUAUGAUGGAAGAAGCAGCUAAGGAAGCCCUGAAUCAAGGAUCAAGUGUGAAUCCAACCCAUAAAGCUCAGGCCCUGGCUGCACUGAAGGAGAGUCUUGGGCUUGCAGCAUAUGAGUCAGGAAGUGAAUCAAACUCUGAAGAGGAGGCUGAAGAGGAGCAGAGAAAAGAGGAAGACAAAGUCAGAUCAGGUGAAGAGAAAGGAGAGAAAAAGGAGGGGACAGAAGAAAGGAGAGAGCUCAGAGGAGAGAAACUACUAACAAGAGAAGAGACAGUCUUAGACAAGCCAGAUAAAAGGGGGAAGGAUGACACUAAACUAAUUAGGGAAAAAGAAAAAGAGAAAGGUAAAAAGGAAGCAAAAGGGAAGAUGUCAUCUUCAGAGAACAUGAAGAUGAAGAUCCAAGUUUGGGCCCUGAGGAUAAGGUGGUACAUGAAAAGGGUCAAUUACUUCCGGCACAACGAGUGCUUCAUGAACAACCAGAAGCUAUUCUAUCAGGAACUGGGAGCGAAACCCAUAAAAAUGAAGAUCCCUGACAAGGCAGAACUGGAAUUCUAG